AAUUGAACAAUGAAGGCAUUUGCAAAUAUUUUUCUGGGACUCUUUAUCUUUGAAGCCGUUGUGGCUGCUCCUACAAUAGAUACCUUAAUUUAUGACUCUGAAACCUAUGAUGUAGCAUUGGAAGACUUGGAUAAUCUUUAUGACUACAAUGAAAACCUCCCCGUGGACCAGGCAGAGAUAGAGAUUGGAACCGUGUUACCUUCUGUAACUAGAGAGAUUCAUUCCCCACCACCACUGCCAGAAGAAGCUGAGGAAGAAGCAUCAACACCAAAACUAAUUGAUGGUUCUUCACCACAGGGGUCAGGAGUUCUUGGGCCCCAAACACAUGAUGGCCUUCCGACUUGCCUUCUGUGUACAUGUCUGGGGACCACAGUCUACUGUGAUGAUCAUGAACUCGAUGCUGUUCCUCCACUGCCCAAGAAAACCACCCAUUUCUACUCUCGCUAUAACAGAAUCAAAAAGAUCAACAAAAAUGACUUUGCUAAUCAAAACAAUUUAAAGAGGAUUGAUUUGACAUCAAAUUUUAUAUCCGAGAUCGAUGAAGAUGCCUUCAGGGAGCUGCCCCAGCUUCAGGAGCUAGUGCUCCGUGAUAACAAGAUAAGGCAGCUCCCCGAGUUACCGUCUACCCUGACAUUCAUUGAUGUUAGUAACAACAGGCUUGGCCGCAAAGGAAUAAAGGAAGAAGCAUUUAAAGAUAUGGUUGAUCUGCAUCAUCUUUACAUCACCGACAAUAACCUGGAUCACAUCCCACUCCCACUCCCUGAAAGCCUCCAAGCUCUUCAUCUUCAGAACAACAACAUUCAGGAGAUGCAUGAAGAUACUUUCUGCAAAAUGAAAGAUGUUGCUUAUGCCCGUAGAGCUCUAGAAGACAUAAGACUGGAUGGCAAUCCCAUCAACUUGAGUAAGACUCCUUCUGCUUACAUGUGCCUACCCCGUUUGCCAAUCGGUAGUCUCAUCUAAGCUUCGACAGUGGCCAACACUGUCAUUUGACAUAGUAGUGUCUAUGACAAAUGAACAAGUCAUUGCUACAGAAAGCCCAAUGCAUAUUAUUUUCAAAGAUCAUUCAACAGGUUUUUAAUCAGUAAUGAAAUUAAUGAAAAAGACAAACGAUAAUGUGAAAUGCUAAAAGAUGUACUGAAAUAUAGGCUGUGCAAUGCUAUAGAUACCAGUGCAUUCAAUACAACAACUGCAUUGAAUAUAUAGAAAGAGGGGAACAGAACAACGGAAACUGUAUAACUUGGAUGCAAUCAGAUGUAAUGUAUGCAUGCUAAAAUUUAAUAAUUUUAUAUAGAUUUAAAUUAAUUAUAACACAAUAAAUGAAUAACACAAAAUGCAUGUACAUAAGAUCUAUAUCCAUGACAUUUUCAUUUUAAUUGGCUUCAUACUCUCAGUGAAAUACAAAUCUUUGCUUUCUACUUGUUUUCUAAAGCACCAGAUUGUUUUGGAGAAAUCCUAAUAAUAUUCCAAAAUAUUUGGAAAAUAUUGAACCUGCCCUUGCAUCAAUACCAAAAUGCGGAGAAUAAACAUACACAAGUAAAUAAAUAUACAUAAAAUUCUUCUUAUUGCCUUUGUAGUAAUAAUUGGACAUUAUAAUCUUGAUGAAACGCAAAGCCUUGUUUUCUUUAUCUUUGCUAAGCUAGCCAGUUCUUUUAGAGCAAUAAUAAAAUCCUCAUGUUUGGAAAAUAUUGAACAUUAACUUAUAUCUGUUAAAGAAGCUGAAGAACUUUACCUGGGUACCUUGAUAGUCAUGCUGAACAUUGUAGCUGAAUAAGUUCAGUUUUGGCAUAUGAUCUAAGUCUCCAAAUAUAUAUAGCUAUUUCUUUGAAUUCUUCUUCAUUCCUCCUGGAGUCUCAACAAUUAGGAUCUGGAAAUUCUCUCACCCUGGCAAUUUAGAAGAAAUCUGUUUUCUAUUGAAUGUUUAAUACCUUCCACUUUGGAACAUGAUGGUCAAAAACAACCUGAUGGAUUCAAAGAAGCUGUUCACUCAGAAGGAUAAAGAGAGAAAAGUGACACCCUGAAAAUCUUUUGAAAUAUUUCUGAAAAAAAGUUUGUGCUAGCCAAUAACAAAAAAUAUCUUCCCACCUACAAAAACUAACAUUUAUUUAGUAUGAAAAUUCACCUGAGCUUAAAUGAGCAUGUGCACCAUGUAAGCGUCAAAUGCAGCUGAAACUGUACACUUCGGCUGAGCCAGGCAAUGGAAAGUCUGCACUUAGGAACACUGCA